AUGGCUGGCGGGCAUCAUCACCGUUCACUUAAGGUGGAUCCCUCCAUUGAAAAAUGGCAGGAAAUGCGCUUCCGCUGGACUUCUAAGAAUACACCGCUCCUGAUCUUCUGGGGCUUUUUCGUACCUGGAUUGGCCAUGUACGGGUUUAGCAAGACCAACUAUCAAUGGGACUAUACCGGGAAGUCUUGGAACGAGUCGCUCUUGCGUAAACCACCGGCGCCUGCAGCGCCCAAGGAUGACGAGGAAUAA